AUAUUUCUCAAUGCAUUGAAAUCAAAGUCAACUUUGUCUCCAGAAAAUUAUCUCCGAGUGACUAUUUUUCUUCUGAUAAUUUGCUAUCAAUAAAACAAAUAAAUUAUAAUAUUUGAAGUCGGAAUCGUUAAGACUCUGAUAUCCGGAUUACCCCUAGCAACAUUGAAUGGCUGGGAACUAGAGCGGCCUGUCUCGUUAAGGUUCUGUUUACACCUGAGAUUGGGACGAUUAGCCUGACAAUACCAGGUAACAGGAGACCCUAACAGCAAUAUGGCCGAUCGCCCCCAGUCUACUCAUAGCUCUAGUACACACGUGUCCACGGCAGAGUCCCAGGGACCCCCUUCCCACCAACAGUGGUCAGCCUACAGGGGCCCUGUCUUAUUCACUGGUCCGGACGGAUUGACGGACCAGCGAGUGAAGACAAGAACCGACUUCCAAAUGGUCGGCAACGGAGAUCGAUCACCGGAAGUGACAAGCCAGAUGGGAUACCUGAGUAGACCUCCGCCCGGAACUAAGUUCCCCAAGGCCAAAAACGGACAGAUCGGCGAAAUUGGCUGGCCCGUGGAAACAUUCAAAAUCGUGAAGGGGAUCUGAGAGGGAAUCAUAAGUUACAAAUUUGUGUAUUCUGUAACCUUUCGUAACCUCUCUAUAGACACUCACACGUGUUGUAGACGCUGACUUUACGCCAUUUCAGUAUUAUUUACCUAUAUCUAUUUAUCCUACCAUUUCAGUAUUCGAAUGUUAGCUCAUUUUGAUUAAUGUCACGAAAGAAGAAGAAUUCUUUUGUAUAAAGUCGUUCAGUUUUC